CCCAAACUAUUGGCUCUGCGUAGAAGCGUUCAGGAUCGGGGAAUGACAUUGAGAGUGUCUACUUUGGGCGGGUAUGUGACUACUGUCUAUAGUGGUACUAAAGGAGGUGAAGAUGGGCCAACGAGUAAGAAGCCUGCUGUUGCAGCUACGUCGACUUCGAACGACACAGGGAAAGAAGUAGGGGACGAGGAGGACCGUCUUACUCUCACUUUUCCA